AUUAGAAAAAAAAGAAAAGAAGAAAGAAACUACUUCAACUCUCUGAGUCUUCAACAUCCUAUUAUCUGCUUUACUUUGGUUAAUCGCAGUUUAGAUGGAAGAUCAGAUUAAAUUCAAGAUUACAAAAGACGCACGUGUCUCGUCUAGUUUAACGAAGUAAUUGAGUAUUCCCCUGACCAGCAUCUGAUUAUCCUUUCGUAAAUUUCCUAUUGUGGAGCAGAGAACAGAAGAUGCGGACGCUAGGCUCGAUUUCGAUGGCCGCAACGACUUCGUCUGUGGUAGUGGUGGUGUUGAUGGUGAUGUUCUCGAGCUUCUCUUAUGGUUAUGUAGUACCUCGCACUAUGUUUCACCGCGUGUCUGCAAGCGACCAUUACUUGACAACUGAGGAGCACUGGUUCAAUCAGACUCUCGAUCACUUCUCUCCUUAUGAUCAUACUACAUUUCAGCAGCGCUACUAUGAAUUUCUCGACUAUUUCCAAGCACCAGAUGGGCCGAUUUUCUUGAAUAUCUGUGGUGAAUCUUCAUGCACUGGCAUUACGAACGACUACCUCGGUGUUUUGGCAAAGAAGUUUGGUGCAGCAGUUGUUGCACUGGAGCAUCGUUAUUAUGGGAAAAGUUCCCCCUUCAAAUCACUGAAGACAGAGAAUUUGAGAUUUCUUUCAUCAAAACAAGCUCUGUUUGAUUUGGCUAUUUUCCGUCAGCGCUACCAGGAGUCUUUAAACCUAAAGCUCAAUAGAACGGAUGUUGAAAAUUCAUGGUUUGUCUUUGGUGGAUCGUAUUCCGGAGCUCUCAGUGCAUGGUUUCGUCUCAAGUUCCCUCACUUAACAUGUGGAAGUCUUGCAAGUUCUGCAGUUGUUCUUGCAGUCUAUAACUAUACUGAAUUUGACCAGCAGAUUGGUGAGUCAGCUGGUCCUGAAUGUAAAGCUGCUUUACAAGAAACUACUCAACUUGUUGAAAAAAGACUUGAGUCGACUGACUCAGACCGAAAAGCUAUAAAGUCAUUGUUUGGUGCAUCUGAGCUUGAUAUUGAUGGUGAUUUCAUGUACCUGUUGGCAGAUGCGGCAGUUAUAGCGUUUCAGUAUGGAAAUCCAGAUGUAUUGUGCUCUCCUCUUGUUCAAGCUAAGAAGGCUGGAGAGGACUUGGUGGAUGCUUAUGCCAAGUAUGUUAGAGAUUAUUACCUUGGGAUAUUUGGCUCCAGUGUUGCGACAUAUAAUCAGGAGCACUUGAAAAUCACAAAUCUUAAUGCAGAGAACAGUGGAGAUCGGUUAUGGUGGUUCCAAGUUUGUACUGAAGUUGCCUAUUUUCAGGUGGCUCCAUCUAAUGAUAGCAUUCGUUCCUCAAAAGUUGACGCCAGAUAUCAUUUGGACCUCUGCAAGUAUGUAUUUGGAAAGGACAUAUAUCCUGAUGUUGACAUUACAAAUAUCUACUAUGGAGGGACAAAAAUUGCAGGUUCGAAAAUUGUUUUUACAAAUGGCUCACAGGAUCCCUGGCGUCAUGCAUCCAAACAAUUUUCAUCCCCGGACAUGCCUUCCUACAUCAUAUCCUGUCAUAACUGUGGCCAUUGUACUGAUCUUCGAGGAUGUCCUCAAACUCCUUUAUCGCUUGAAGGUAAUGCCCAGAACUGUAGUUCCCCUGAAGCAGUUCAUAAAGUGAGGCAGCAGGUUAUAGAUCACAUAGACUUGUGGCUGUCUGAGUGUCGAGCCACGGGUAGGAGUUACAUGUGAUUGUGGGAAUACAUAUAUGUGCAAACUGGUCAGUUAACUAACUGUAAUCACAUAUAUUACCUUCUGUCAGCAGCUGCUUGAAUGUUUCGCUAUGAAUGCCAUAUUGCCAUUGUAAGUUAUCAUUUUGUGCCUCGGGCCAACAUGUAUAGUAUGGCAAGGCAUUCAUUGAGUAUUACUGCGCAGUGAUUUGUUUUUUCCUUUUCUUUUUCUGUCAUAUUUGCCGCAAACCUAAUUUAAAUAUGGUAAAACCAA